AACGUUGCGCAGGUUCUAUAAAGCGGGGAGGGGCGAGGGCGGCGGGUAACGGGGCCGCCACCAUCCAGCGCCACCAUCCACAGCGGGGACAGCCUCGCCACCGCCCUCCCCCUGCAUGGAGCUGUCGGCCAUCGGCGAGCAGGUGUUCGCGGUGGAGAGCAUCCGCAAGAAGCGUGUGCGGAAGGGUAAAGUAGAAUAUCUGGUGAAGUGGAAAGGAUGGCCCCCAAAAUACAGCACGUGGGAGCCAGAGGAUCAUAUCUUGGACCCUCGCCUGGUAGUGGCUUAUGAAGAAAAGGAAGAGAGAGACCGUGCAUCAGGCUACAGGAAAAGAGGUCCCAAACCAAAGCGUCUCCUACUGCAGCGGCUGUAUGGCAUGGACUUGAGGAGUGCCCACAAGGGAAAGGAGAAGCUCUGUUUCUCUCUUGCGCGGCGGUUUGGAGGAGGAGAUAGUAGCCUACCAGGGGCCAAGCCAGGGCAGGCAGAGUUCUCAGAGAAGACUGGGGGAACAGUCCUGCCAUUCUCUCUCCGGAAGCAACGCAAAAACCAGAAGUACCUGCGGCUGUCAAGGAAGAAGUUCCCCCGCAUGGCGAGCCUGGAGAGUCGAAACUGCAGGCAUGAGUUCUUCUUGAAUGAUGCAGUGGGGCUGGAGGCCAGACAGGGCACUGAGGACUGGGAGGCCAUGCAGGACACCAGCAAAGAAGCAGAUGUGGAUGGCAGUCUCCCUUGGAUUCCCACUGUGCCCCCCAGCGAAGUGACAGUGACAGACAUCACGGCAAACUCCAUUACCGUCACUUUCAGAGAAGCACAAGUGGCUGAGGGCUUCUUCCGAGAUCGAAGUGCGCAGUUCUGAAUCUCUGUUUUCAGUGCUCCCCAAAACCAGUGCUUUUAGGGUGGGACUAGGGAAGGGUUAUUUUACCCCUUAAGAAAAAAAUCCAAAAUGUCUCCUCUUGAAAUGUUUACAGAAACCUUAAUUUUUUUUCUCUCUUCUCCUUUUUCCCCUUUCAGAUAUGCAAAAAAGGGCAGUGUAGGGGGUGUGUGUUUGUCAUUGCUUUGUCCAUCUGAAAAACUGACAGCCCUUUCCCUGGCAAAGACUCCCCUCCUAGAUGUGAAAGCAGCAAGCUGAACAAUUCGCCUUUUAUCCUGUUAAGUGGCGGCAGCUGCAUUUGUGGGGAAAGGGCAUGUGGAGGUGAAAAGAGAGCUGGAUCCCCAGCCUGACGUCUUGUUCUGCAAUUGAUAUCCCUUGGAUAAAGAUAAUUCUCUGUGCGUUGCUAUUCCCACCUUCGUCCUCCCUCUGUUCCUGCAGCAGUGAGAGGUGAUGGAUCCUACCUGUGUAGAUAACUCCAGCCUGUUCAGGCUUUCUCGCCAGUGCUGUUUUCCCUGUGGCCUGCUGUCAGGACUUCAGAACCAUAUUUGCCUGUUUGUGGUAAGUGAAUCUUUGCAGCAUGGAUCCAUGUAGACAGAAGUUUCUCCCUAUGAUUUUUGAUCAUGCGGAAAGACUGAAAUGCAUCUCUGAAAUCUAGAUUGGUGACGUAAAUUCAAUCUGCCCUCAUUAAAAGCUCUGAAACCCAGCACAGUCGAGAAAUACCAUUCUGUAUAUGCUAAACAAGAUUUUCAGGCUUGUCUCUGCUGUGUGAAGAAUGCUUUAUGGAAAGUGGGGUGUUCUUAUCCUUUGCCAAAUUCAGUAUUAAUAACAAAUGCUGAAUCUGUGGCAGUAACUUGGUUGAAAACUGACUCCUCUCGUCUGGGAGAAGGGGCUAAUAGGACAACUGAAGCAUUGCCUGGCACUGCAAAGACAUCUAAGAUACUGGCAGAGGACCAGGACACAGGAAUUGGACAGAACUGAGCUAGAAAUGGACCUUGAUUAGCAUCAAAUUCCAUUCCUAGAUUCUGUUGAGAGAUCCAAGGUAAACAGCCUGUGGGGAAGGCAUAUAUUAGAUUUGAGGAGGGGAAAAAAAAAUGAUUAAUUCUUAGCAAUGAGAGUUCUUGGAUUGUACUGCCCAAGUAAUUUUCUUCUGUGAUUCCAGUCUCCUCACAGUAUCUGUGAUCCUCUACUACUUUACUGAUGGGAACUUCCCCUCGGAAGGCUUAAAACUCUUUGCCAAGGAAAGAGGUCUGCAUUUCAAUAGACCCUGCCUGAUCUUGCACUUAAAAAUGCCUUGUGCUGGACUGCCUGUGACACUUUGAGGUUUUUGAAGAAUUGCUGUAUUUUGAGUUGGUAGUUUAGCAUAGCAUCUGUUCUUGCAUACAUGCAUGUUCUCUUCCAAUUUUUCAAAAGCAAACUUUAUUUAAAUAAUAACUUAAAUUUUAAAUCUAGAUCUUUUCCUAUGGAAAGCAAGAAAAGUAAGUUAGACUUUAAGGUGGGAACUGCAGGACAGAGUGCUGCAGGGUAGCAUUGGCUACUGGCAUGAUUACUGUCCUUAUAUCCUUUGUUUCCUCUCCCCACCCCACCUGAAGCAUCUCCCGUCUGCUGUGUUUAUUUUAAAUGAAGUGAGGAGCCUUCUGAGCUCUGACGUAAAGAUACGUGUAGAAAUCCUCAACGUAUUCUUUUGAAGGGCUUGGCUGCUGGCCUGCAGAAUUUGGGACUUCUGGGGCUUCUGGUCCUCCGAACAUCUACUUUUUGCCGAGUGUUUGGAUUGCCCCUACAUUUUUUGUUAAAAGCGGGUUUUACCUCAGAUAGGAUAUGGCAUCGCAGUGUGGACUUGGGAUUUCCCCUUCCAUUUCAGAGCUCUUUGAGCAGGCCUGUCUUCCACUGUGUCACAGCAGUUUCAGGACUGCUAUUAAGAUCCUGAACAUCUGGAUUAACCUUUUGUCUCCCAAAGAAGUGACAUGGGAGUUUUAUUAUGGAGAGAUCUGAGAAGGUGAGAAGUGGAAGCUUGGAGGGGAAAAUAUGAAGCGGGAGGAAGUGUGUGAAAGAAGCUUGCAAUAGCUCAGAGGAGCAAAUUGAUGAGUUAAGCAUACAGGCUCAGGAUGUUUGUUGUAUGUCGGUGUCCAGAGCAAGGUUUUUGAGUCUGGAAUUGCACCGUGUAAACAGGAUCAUCAUCCGUUGCAGGAUGUGAGGGCACACAGCGUUGUCAUCAUCACCCUUGCAAAGACCCACACACCCCCUCACUCGACAUCUGCCAGAUGUGCUGCAUACCUGCAUCUCUCUUUUGUUGCGCACCACAUGGCCCCCUCUUGUGGGUUGUAGGAGGACAGGUAGUUAUGGUUGCAGAAGCAUAAUAUUUUAGUUUAUUUUUCCAAAAGUCUGGAACUCCAGCUCAUCCUGCUAAAUCUUCAUGGCAUUUAUAAGAUCUGGUUUCUUUAUUCUGAGAUACCUUUGUCCUGUCUUCAUCUCAAUAUACAAAUACACCAAAAAAGCUUGCUAUUUACUAAGGUUCCCAGCUUUAGCUGACAUUGGUAGUAAUACCAGUCCUGCAGCAGGAAAGAGCUUGUCCUAAUAAACUGGAUUUCCAUCCUCAGCUUUCCUGUCCACUCACCAGCUGAGACUUCUCAAUGUUUUGUUUUGGCAUUUUGCUCUAAACAUCUUAUCCUCCUCUUGCAGUGCAGUUUUCAAAGAUGUCUGCUGGUCUUUCAGAGAGGAUCCACCCACAGCUUCAUAUCUUAAUCAAUUUUUCAAUCAGGCUAGCUUGUGUUCUGCUGGUGACUAAUAAUCUCACUACACAAGCAUUCAACAAAGUACCUGGCUGCCAUGGUGCUUUCUGUAGAGGUCGAUGAGGAGUUAACCCUUAUCAGGUUAAGAUGCAACAAGUUGUAUGUGUGUGGGUUUGGUUUCUGUGUGCAAGGAGGAGUUUGUGGUAGGAAACCAAGCGUUACUAUGUUCGAGUGGGCUUUUUUUUGACAUUCAUGAAUUCUUGCUUAUCAUAAAGAUCUUUUUGAGAAGAUUUUUUUCUCUUGGUCUUCUUAAAAUGUGGCUCAGUUCCAUAUUGUCUGGUGACAUAUCAUUGUAAACUUCCUUGGUAGAUCUGGUCUUCAGGGACUUUAAAAUUAACAUUAUUUCACUUCUGCAGGUGUAGAGAUAGGGGAGGGAGGCAUUACUUCUGAUGGCAAGAGAGGUUGUCUGUGUUUGUCUCUUCUCCCCAGUACCUUCUAUCUGGACGUUCACCCCAAAAUCUAAAUAUUGAAUUGGAACCUCUUGGGCUAACAUAUCAUGAAAAUCAGAUGCUAUGCUUGGAGCUUCAUUUAAGCAUUCCAUUUGAUUAGAGAAGCCAGAAUAGCAUCCAGCUGAAUCUGAGUUUAAUAAUUCUAUUUGAAGCAUAAGCCGAGAAUAGAAAUGGGCUAACUCUCCCAUACCUCGUUUGGCUCCAUGGCUGUAAACAAGAAAAACAAACUUCAACCAGUAGAGAUCACUGAACUAUAUGCAAGGAACAAACUUCUCAAAUAAGAACUGUUCUAACAGUCAUUCUUAGAACUGUUUUUCCCUGUGAGAAUUUACCAGCUGUGUUAGGGGGACAGAAGUUUUUAUUUCAUAGAUCUUCUCACAGUGAACUCACUGUAUAUAUGACAGAACUGAGGGGCUUUGUGAGAUUGGAAAACCUUUAUUAUCAGCACUGUGUUUAUAAAAAAAAAAAAAAAAAAAAGAGGGAAGGACUGCCUGUGUUCCUGGAUGGUUAUAUCCUAGAUGUUAUUGCUGUGAUACAUAAGUGACGCCUUGGAACAGCGAGUUUUAACACGUAAAUAGUGGCAUUAAAUAGCCUCGUAAGCUCCUGCAUGCUCCUUAUUGUCUCGCAUUUGCUUGGGGGCCCUUCUGCUUGUGAAAUCAGACCAAGGUGGUUGGGUUUUUUUCUUUUUCAAGCAAGGCCAAGAUAUUAUUGUGAGAAUGCCCCAAAGCAGUUCCAUUUGCCAAAGUAAGCCCAGAUUUGUUACUGAAUUGACCCUUGCUUAUGUUGGAGCCUCAGACAGAAAGAAGCUUAUUGAGAAAUGAGUGGCUUUUUUUGUUGUUGUUAGUGUUGUGAAACUGUCCAGAAAUUGUUCUUCUGGUGUUUUGUGACUGGAUGUACAAAAUUGUUUGUUCACCUCACAGGGGGCCCUUGGCCCCAGUGCUGUUUCCUGCCGUAUGCCAGCUAGUGCUGUUUGAUGGUUUCACUGGAAUAGAGGACAGAGGCCUCACACAGGUCAAAAAAUAGGCAGGUUAGCUCAUGCAGGACCCUUGGUGGUAGCCACAACAGAGGUCAGGGUGCAGAAGACGGCAGCAAGGGCUGUCAGCCACAUCCAUGUGUUUGAGCAAAGCUAAAUCUACCACCACCUCUGCACCCCUUCCUCUCCUCUCAAGCUUUAAGUUUGUGCUUUCUGAAGUAGGGAAAGUGCGAAAAGCUGCUUUUCUAAAGCUAAUUGGUAUCUACCCAUCUUCUGUUCCUCCCUUGCUUACCUGCAGCCUAGGAAGAAGAGGGAAUGUACAUUCUACAUGGGAAUGUACAGCAUUGGCAUAUACAGGUAAAGGGAACAGUGGUUUUGCCAUGCUUGUGCAAAACAGUUUUCCCCAAGGGCAUAGUAAACUUGUUUUGAGACAAUAGCUUGUGAUCAAGAGACCAUGUUGUCCUCUGCCUGCUGAACUUACUGUCCUCGCAGAGGAAGACUGAAUCUUCUGGGUGUCGAACCACUUGCAUUCCACCCAAGCAACCGGUCGGGAUGGGAAGGCCUACAAAACAGCCCCAGGACAAUUGAAAGAGAAACAAUCAAUUAAAAUUGAAUUCAAACCCUGCAAAUCUUUUCCUUUAACAAGCAUUUCCUGGAGUGAUGACCCCUUUUUCUCUUCCACUUCUCUUUCCCUUGCACUCUUAAUUUUUUCAAGUGCAGUAGCUUAGCAGGGAGCAAGCAGGUGGGAGAUGAUCCCUAGUUAACAGGGAGUUGUAGAGAGGAGCAGAGCUCAUGGGAGUAGGUAAUGGCUGAUAGCUGGGAAAUGGAUUGCUACCAAGUUUGGAUGGGGUAGAAGCUUUGCUGCUAAGAUUGUUUCCAUCUGCUGUGGGCCGCUUGGCAAAGAGGUUAGGGGUUCUUGUCUGAGAGUGUCCAUCAGACUUUGGAAGGGGAAGCUCAUAAGACCAUUAGGGACCCCUGUCACAGCAUAUCUUGUUACUGGGGUAGCAUAGUUUUGACUGGGAGGGGGAUUUUGGAGGAAGAGGAGAUGAAGAGAUUUUUUUAUUAUUAUUAUUAUUGUUAUUAUUAUUUAACCAGAAAAUGUAGUGUCAGCACAAAGAAGCUUUUUGCAAAUCUGUCAGAAUGUUAAACAGCUUUUUUUUUUUUUUUUUUUGCUUUUAAAUCUGAAGUAUGUUUUGAAGUACUUUGGAAACGCAAAGCACUAGGAGUGCUAAGCACUCCUUACUGUCUGCCUAAAAGUGGCAUUCAAAAAGCAAAAGAUGUAUCUGUUUCAGGCCGCUGGCUGCUCCUUUUCUUUUUUCCAGAGCUGCCACCCAGCCCUUUGCCUCACUCCCAUGGCUGAAGGGGAGUGUGCUCAACUGUGCCAAGUAAAGGAAGGCUCCCCAAGGGAGGAGAGGAGACUUGCAAAGUCCCUCGCUGGCCUUCAGGGUGCAAGCUGACUUCCUCCCUCUCCACCUCCUUUGUCUGAGGCAAGGGAAGAAUUGAGUUUCAGUUUGAGUGGCCCUAGUCUGGAACUACGACCGCUGCUUCCAGCUCUGGAGACGUCUUUUUUAUAUAGAGAGUUUCUUGUCUGAAAAACUGCACCUUAUUGGCUUAGUUGAGGAAUGGGGACAUAUAUGUCUUUCUGCAGGGAGUGGGGAGAGGAAGGGAGGGUGAACGAGGAGCUGUCUUCAGUAGCUGCUGGAUUUUUCCAGAGACCGUUUGCUCACCUCAUUUCCAACUGAACAGCAACAAAAGAACUAAAAUAAUUCCCGUGAAGCUUUUGUUUUACAUAUCUCUACAACCUUUCAAGCAGGCUAAGAUGAGGGAAUCUUUUCCUCACUUAGCAAGCUCUACAGCUGGGGGAACCCCAGUUCUCUUGGUGGGUUUUUUCCCCUCGAUGUACACACAUCAUUUGGACUCUUUUGCACACUGACUCAUCUGAUUUGAUUUGCUUCCUUUCUGUUGAGGGGGGAAGAUGAGGGAUGGAGUCAGGGGAGAGGGUCCCCGAUUAUGUUUGUUCUUGUCUCUUCAGUUGUUGCUGUUGUUCCUGUCAGCACGCUAGAGUAUCUUGAGUCUUUGCACACAGAAAGCUUCCUUUGCACAGAAUGAGCUUCUAGCUUUUGUACAGACUAAUUGAAUGUAUUUCGGGGGGGUGGGGGGUGGAAAUAGGGAGUAAACCAAUUCCAAACAAACCAAUCGGAGUAUAAUGCCUUUUCUGAGCGAGUAUGUGCUGUAAAAGGAGAUUGUAAUAGCGCAGGGAGGGCAGGCUCAAGGAUAAUUUGACACAAACUGUGGUUUUAUUUUUGUACUGAUAAGGAUAAGAGACUGUACAGCAUCUAUUUAUUUAGAUGAUUUAUGUGGUAAAUGUUGCAAACAAAAUUAUUAAAAUAUUAAAUAUGAGA